AUCGAUCCGAGAGAGAGAGAGUGCUGAGGAAGGAGGAGGAGGAGAAGGUGGAGGAAACACCCCCCCGGGAGCUCCGAAGAAGAGGAAGAAGCCAGCUUCGAGACCAUGGUGGAGACCAGGCGCAGCGCCUCCGCCAACAAGCGGCCCCUCUCCUCGCCCCAGAACUCGUCUUCGUCCGGCGGCAAGCGCUCCAAGGUCGCGGAGGGCAAUUUGCCCGAAAAGCCCGAUUUGGGGGCGAAAUCCGGGUCGGAAUCUCGAGAUUUCGGGCUCAGAUCCUCUGAUCGGCGGAGCUCGGAUGCGGAGAAGGCUGCCGAUGCGGGCGAGGCGGAGAAGUCGCCGCAGCCGUCAGGUGAGAUUGCAAUGGAUGGUGAGAAACAAAACUGGCAGAAGAAAAAGGCUUCAAAGCCGACCAAGAAACCUAGGUCUGCGUGGGGACAGCUUCUUUCUCAGUGCCGUCAGAAUCCUGACUUGGUGAUGCGGGAUAGCCUUUUCACUGUUGGUCAUGGCAGCCAGUGCAAUUUGUGCCUUGCAGAUCCAUCUAUUAGCUCGGUGUUGUGUAAACUUAAACACAUUGCGCGUCGAGGUUCAUCGGCAACUCUCCUUGAAAUUACUGGGGUUAAAGGUACUGUCCAAGUAAAUGGAAAGGUUUGUCAUCGGAAUUCGACUGUUCUCUUAUGCGGUGGUGAUGAGGUGGUUUUUACGGAGUCAGGCAACCAUUCAUAUGUAUUUCGGCAGUUUGAUGAUAAUGUAGCAGAUGUAGGCAUUCCAUCAGAAUGUAUUUUGGAAGCUCAAGGUGCUUCGAUGAAGGGGUUACAUAUUGAGUCAAGAUCUGAGGGCCCCUCAGCUGUUUCAGGAGCAUCAAUGUUAUCCUUGACUGAUUUACAAGAAGACUUGUCCCUCCUUCCACCUCCUGGCAAAAGUAGUCCGGAUGUGCAAUGCAAUACGGGAAUGCCCAUUGUCCCGUCUGUAUGCGAUAUAUCAGAUAAUCAAAACGGAGAAGUUGAAAUAAGGGAUAGUUCUAAUAACGACGAUGUGAGAGAUGUUUCCACAAGGGAAAAAAGUGUUUCUCCAUCUGCUGAAUGCAAUGAUGAAAAUGCAAAUUUAGAUGGUGUUGGCUUUGAUAGUAGGGGUGCAGGGGAUGAAAAGGUACCUGGGGCAGCCUAUGAAUUAAGGCCAUUGUUGCGAAUGCUUGCGAGCUCCUCCUCCAACUUUGACUUAAGCGGCAGCAUUUCCAAAAUGCUUGAAGAUCGACGUGAAAUAAGAAGAAAACUACUCAGAAAUAGUGAUGCUUCACUUCUAAAAAAUAACGAUAUUUCAUCUGAUUCAAGAACAGAUUGGCGGAAGGCAUUUAGAGAAAGUCUAGAACAAGCCAUAAGUAAUCCUGAUAAUAUUGAAGUCUCUUUUGAGAAUUUUCCAUAUUACUUGAGUGACACAACAAAGAAUGUUUUAAUUGCUUCUACCUAUUUACGGUUGAAGCACAGUGAAUUUGUGAAGUACUCUAAGGACCUUCCAACUUUAUGCCCCCGUAUAUUGUUAUCGGGUCCUGCUGGCUCAGAAAUAUAUCAAGAAACACUGACAAAAGCGCUUGCUAAGCAUUUUGGUGCUAAACUACUGAUUGUCGAUUCUCUGAUCUUGCCUGGUGAUUUAAUGCCUAGAGAUGUCGAUUCACUGAAAGAAUGUGUGAAGUCUGAGAAAGCAUCCGUUCAUGCCAAGCGGACUGGACAGUCUUCUGCAGUACAUCAUAGAAAACCAACCUCAAGUGUUGAGGCUGAUAUUACUGGUGGAUCUAUUGUUGGUUCACGUGCUCAGACAAAGCAGGAAGUGUCCACUGCAACAUCGAAAACCUAUAAGUUCAAAAAAGGGGAUAGAGUGAGAUAUGUGGGGUCUGCUGGGCUCUCUGCUUUGCAGCCGUUGAGGGGUCCAUCUGAUGGUUAUCGAGGUAAAGUAGUUCUUGCAUUUGAAGAAAAUGAAAAUGAUGCAGCAAAAGUUGGAGUGAGAUUUGAUAAGCCAAUUCUUGAAGGCAAUAACCUCGGUGGGCAUUGUGAAAAGGACCACGGUUUCUUCUGCUCUGCCAAUUCACUUAGGUUAGAGAGUUCUGGAGGGGAAGAAACUGACAGCCUGGCUAUUGAUGAAAUUUUUGAGGUUGCAUUGAACGCGAGUAAAAGUUGUCCUUUGGUAAUAUUCGUGAAAGAUGUGGAGAAGGCUGUAGUGGCGAGCCCAGAUGCAGGUCAAGUGUUUAGAGGCAAGCUUGAAAAUCUGCCAGAGAAUGUAGUCGUUAUUGGCUCUCAUAUUCAAAUGGACAGCCGCAAGGAAAAGUCCCAUUCCGGUGGCCUUCUGUUCACAAAGUUUGCAGGCAAUCCCACUGCUUUGUUAGACUUGGCGUUCCCGGAUAGCUUUGGCAGGCUGCAUGAGAGGGGCAAGGAAAGCCCCAAAGUGAUGAAGCAACUUACUCGACUUUUCCCAAAUAAGGUGUCAAUCCAGUUACCUCAGGAUGAAGUUUUACUCUUGGACUGGAAGCAACAGUUGGAACGAGAUGUUGAAACGAUGAGAGCACAAUCCAACAUUGCUAGCAUCCGUUUGGUUUUGAAUCGAAGCGGGAUGGACUGCCCUGACAUUGAAACUGUGUGCGUUAAUGAUCAAACACUUGCAAGUGAAAGUGUGGAGAAAAUAGUUGGCUGGACCGUAAGUCACCACUUUAUGUGUUCUUCCGAAGCAGUUGUCAAAGAUGCUAAACUCGUGUUGUCCAGUGAAAGCAUUAGGUAUGGCAUCAAUAUCUUUCAGGGUAUACAUAAUGAAAACAAGGGCUCAAAGAAAUCUCUGAAGGAUGUUGUCACCGAGAAUGAGUUUGAAAAGAAGCUUCUUACGGAUGUUAUUCCUCCCACCGACAUUGGUGUUUCUUUUGAUGAUAUUGGGGCCCUAGAAAAUGUGAAGGAUACUUUGAAGGAGUUGGUAAUGCUUCCUCUUCAAAGGCCUGAAUUGUUUAGUAAAGGGCAGCUAACAAAGCCAUGCAAGGGAAUACUGCUAUUCGGCCCUCCUGGUACAGGGAAAACCAUGCUUGCAAAAGCUGUGGCAACCGAGGCAGGCGCAAACUUCAUCAAUAUAUCAAUGUCAAGCAUCACUUCAAAGUGGUUUGGUGAAGGAGAGAAGUAUGUGAAGGCAGUUUUCUCUCUGGCCAGUAAAAUUGCUCCCAGUGUUAUUUUUGUUGAUGAGGUUGAUAGCAUGCUAGGAAGAAGGGAAAAUCCAGGAGAGCAUGAGGCUAUGCGGAAAAUGAAAAAUGAAUUUAUGGUUAACUGGGAUGGUCUACGCACAAAAGAUAAAGAGAGGGUCUUGGUACUUGGUGCUACUAAUAGGCCAUUCGAUCUUGAUGAGGCUGUUAUCAGGAGGUUUCCUAGGAGGCUGAUGGUUAACUUGCCAGAUGCUCCAAACAGAGAAAGAAUUCUUAAAGUCAUACUAGCCAAAGAAGAAUUGGGCUCUGACAUUGACUUGGAAGCAGUUGCAAAAAUGACAGAAGGGUAUUCUGGAAGUGAUCUAAAGAAUCUUUGUGUGAGCGCCGCGCAUUGUCCCAUCAGAGAAAUUUUGGAUAAGGAAAAGAAGGAGAAAACCUUAGCUGUGGCUGAAAACAAACCUUUACCUUCAUUGUACAGUGGUGCAGACAUCCGUCCCCUAAAGAUGGUUGACUUCAAAAAUGCACAUGAGCAGGUGUGUGCCAGCGUGUCAUCGGACUCUACAAACAUGAACGAGUUAGUCCAGUGGAACGAUUUGUACGGCGAAGGCGGAACGAGAAAAAGGAUGUCACUCAGCUACUUCAUGUAGUGGAGGUAUAUAUGUACAGCAAUUUGUUUAGCUUAUAUUUUGCUGUCGACAAAGAGUAAGCGGCGUUUGUUAGGGAUCAAUAUGGACGGGUGUGCCAUCAACGUUUCGAAGCCCCGACCGUUGUUAAUAUGAUAUUAUAGGUCUUUCUCUUGGCAAUUUAUUUUUCUAAUUGAUGAAUCGUAAAGAUAUCGAUCUUGAGUGGAUAGUUGAUGAAAGCUUUUAUUAAUUACCCCUAGGCCCUCCUUGUACAGACUCAUUGAUCCAUCAAUAAAUCAACCAUGAAAGCCUCUC